CGUCGUAGUCGCGGGGACCAUUCCCACUUCCCAAUCCAUCCUUCCACGCAUUGAUACCCAAGGUCGCGACGACAACAUGUCUUCGACGUACAACAAGCUCGUACGCGAUGCUACUAAGCCAAAACCAGGAGCGCCAAAGCCAAAGUACAUCGACCCCAUUCUAGCAGCCAGCUUCAGCCAAGAUGGCUCUCUCGCAGACGUUUGCAAGGCACUCUCAUUACGCCUACGCGAAUCGAGCUCCCUCGUCGUCUUCAAGACGCUCAUCAUCCUGCAUACAAUGAUCCGCAAUGGCGCAGUCGACAAUGUCCUCUCCCAUCUCGCUGCGGAUCAGGCUGGGUUCAGGUUGAAGAACGUCAGUCAAGGAGGCAACUGGCAAGGCUACGAUGCACCGGCAACUCUGCCACCCUACGCAGCUUACCUUGAUGAGCGCAUCCGUACUUUCCGCGAGAUUAAGCACGACGUCAUCCGAUCCGCAGAUGGCUCGCGGUCAGACACGAAUCGUCUGCGCAAGCUCAGGGUUGAAAAGGGCCUGCUGCGAGAGGUCGCCUACGCCCAAAGAGUCCUCUCUCGAGCACUCGACUGCCCCUUCUUUCAAGACAAUCUGGGUGACGACUUGAAUGUCAGCGCCUUCCGCAUGGUGUUGAAGGACAUCCUCGCCCUCUACACCGCCAUCAACGAAGGGGUCAUCAACAUCCUGGAGCAUUACUUUGAAAUGUCGCAUACAGACGCCUCUCGCGCCCUCGAUGUCUACAAUCGCUUCUGUCGGCAUACAGAAAAGGUGGUGGCCUACCUGUCAGCAGCCAGAAAGGCCUCGCACUCCCUCAACAUGACCGUACCGCAGCUCAAACAUGCGCCCGUCAGCUUGGCAGGAGCGCUCAAGGAGUAUCUGGAUGACGCAAACUUUGAGAAGAAUCGCAGCGAGUACAAGGAGAACAAGAGGGUGGCCGACGGGGCAGACGCUUCGGGAUCCAGCUCAUCUGCACCUGUCAGAAAGGUGACAGAGCCGUCCAAGGCUUCCGAGCCAAAGAAAGAGGAGGCCAAAAGCGAGGAGAAGCCUACAGCAGCUCCGGCACCUAAGCCGCCUACCUCAAAUCAAGCCAUCCAAGACUUUUUCAGCACACUCGAGAGCGAGAUGCCCGGCUCGUCAGGCGGGCCAGGAACCAACCCGUAUUCGAUGGCUCCCCAAGCGACAGGAAUGGCCUGGUUCGGCUCGCCCAAUCCGAACAUGUACGGCGGCGGCAUGCAGCCCCAGAUGACGGGCUACAACCCCUUCCUUGCGCCGCAGGCCACGGGCGCAUUCGGCAUGGGCAUGGGCAUGGGUAUGCAGCCGACGGGGGCCGCCUUCUUCGGCCAGCCGCAGCCACCUCAACAACAGCAGACCGGCUUUCUUCAGCCUCAACAGACCGCGAUGCCUGGUCAGAUGAGCCCCAUGCAAAGCCAAGCGACGGGUUUCAACCCCUUCAGGCAAAGUAUGGCAUUCCCAGGGGGCAUGGCCCCACAAGCUACAGGCAUGGGUCCUGGCGGUGCAUUCGACGCCACGCCAUACACGGUGCAGGUACAGCAGCAGAUGGAGCGACAGAGGAUGGAGAAGAUGCAGCGUGAGCAGGAGGCAGCGGAGAAGGCCAAGGAGAAUGGUGGACAGAAUGGCGAGGCGUCAGGCCAGCAGCAACAGCAGCAACAGCAGCAGCAGCCACCUCAACAAAACAACUUCCUCUCCCCGCAGGCAACCUCAGCUCCUGCGCCUGCGAAGAUUCUCCCUCAAAAGACCGGCUCGCGCAACCCAUUCGCCCCACCACCGGAGGAGCGCGCCCCGACACCCCCGACACCAAAGCCGCAGGGGCCAAGCUUGGCGCAGUUGGCCUUUAGCCAAGGCGGCGGAGGAGGUGCGGGAAUGAAUGGGCCCACGCAAGGAGGGGGAGGGAACUACGCUUUGGGAGCCGGGGCCUGGAAUGGUGCUGGUCAGCAUACAGGACAGCAGCAGCCGGAGCAACAGCAGAAUGGCGCAGCGCCGAGCAGCAGUGGACUUAAACCGCAGGCAACCGGUCUGCUAGGCAGUGUCGCCUCAGAGUUCACGGGCGCAGGUCGUUCAGCAAUGGGAAUGGGUGCGAGCAACGGUGUCUCAUCUCCGCAGCCCCCCUCAUCACCUGGCCCAUCCUCCGCCACCUCCUCAGCGCUCAGUAAUGGCUUCUCCUCUCUCUCCCUCAACAGUGGAGGGCCAGGGUCCACCAGCUUUGGUUCGUCGCUCAGCCCUCAAACGACGUCAGCGCACCUGUCCCCACAAGCUACUGGCUUCGGCGGUAGCUCUGUACGGCCCUUCCAACCUUCGAGCUCCUUUGGAACCACCUUGGCCGCGCAGCAGACGGGCAUGCCGCCGCAAUCGACGUCAACCCCGGCAGCCCCGAGCAACAACCCCUUUGGAAUGCCUCAGCAGCAGCAGCAGCAGCAGCAGAUGACGGGUCUCCCAGCUCAGAACACAGCCAUGCCGUUCAGCUUCUCUUCACAAUCUCAACCACAGCAACAGCAGUCCACUGCAGGCCAACUGCAACCCCAAUCAACGGCUACGCCCUUCAGCUUCCAGCAACAGCAGCAGCAGCAGCAGCAGCAGCAACCACAGUCCCAGAUGCAGCCUCAAGCAACAGGAUUCGGCGGCUCGACCGUGAAGCCCUUCGUCCCGACGAGUAGCUUUGGUUUGGAGUCCUUUGGGGGCGGUCAGCAGCAGCAGAAUGGACAGCAGAACGGCCAGCAGCAGGGGCAGAACGUUAAUUUGCUUCAAUUCUAAGGUACAUACAGGGCAAUGUGGGAGGGAGGAGAAGCCUGGUGACCUGUAGAUAUCAAUGCGAGAUGUCCCUCCUCUGCAAUGCCUUCCAUCGUGGUAUCUCUUCUCGAUCAUUGUGCCACAUCCUCAGCCUCCGCCUCGAUCACGUCCCAUAUUCCUCUUCGCUCCCUCACC